AUGGAGGGUCCGCUGCAGCAUAUCGUCAUCGCCGUUGCGGCUCUCUCUUUCCUAGUCUUCACCGUCUUCUUUGGCCGUCUUCCCGUCUUCCGCAAAACCCCCAUAGGCUUCCUGCACCGCUUGAUCUGGGUGCAUUUCCCCGCGCUGUUGCGCCGUCUGGACGGCCUCGUAACCGGCGGCCGGAUCUACAAGUACACUACCCGCACCUGGCAUUAUCUACUCUACGAGAAGCAUCCCCUGGUCAUCAUUUUCUUCCUCGGCCUUCUCACCGGCGCCUCUGGCCUGUUCCUCUUCCAAACCUACACCUCGCUCCCCGCAUACCACCGCCUGCUCAUCCCGCUCGUCCUCCCGUGGCCCUAUGUCUUCACCUACCUCGCCGCGACGACUAAACCGAACACCAUCAUCAAUGCCGCGAACCACAGCGCCCAGAUGCAAGCGUAUCCGUACGACCACAUCCUAUACCAACCCAACAUGACGUGUCGCACAUGCCGCUUGCCGAAGCCGGCACGUAGCAAGCACUGCCCGAUUUGCAAGACGUGCGUGGCUCGUAUGGAUCACCACUGCAUCUGGGUGAACAAUUGCGUCGGUCGCGAAAACUACCGCUGGUUCCUCGCGCUACUAGUGAGCACUACUUUGCUCCUCCUGUACGGCGCCUACCUGGCCCUGAUCGUCUACCUCUACCCCCGCGUCUACGACCGCUUCACGCACUACGACCACGCUUUCCCGGCAGGCCUCCUCAGCGGCUGGGCGCCGUGGCCGCUGCGCCUCAAGGGCUUCCGCGAGGACUUGAACACGGUGCUGGUUGAGAGCAUCAAAGUGGGCGGCUUGAGCGUCAUGGGCGUCGGACUCCUGGCUGGGCUUACCUGGCCCCUUCCCCUCGGCUUACUGGCGUACCACGUCUACCUGAUCUGGGCCGGCAUGACGACCAACGAGGCGAGCAAGUGGGCGGAUCUGCGCGACCAGAUGCGCGACGGCCACAUCUACGCUGGCAAGCUGUGGGGCGGCGAGCGCAACAGCGACUCCUCGCCCGGCAGCGGCCAGCGCGGCCGACCCAGCACCCGCGGCGGUCGCUACGCCCACUCGCGCGCCCGCGCCACCUCCAACAGCUUUGCCGAGUUCGGCUUUACCUCCGGCGAAGUCGGCCGGCGCAUCGCGCGCGAGCACAACCAGGAAAAGAGCGCCGCCGCCAACGGCUCCCCCACCACCGGCAACGCCCCCGCCUCGGACAGCGGAUACAGCUCCGAUGACAGCUGCUUCCACUCCCACACCAACACGACGCGCUGGCCCAACAGCCCGUGCCAGGUCCUCGUCCGCACCGCCGACGGCGAGCCGCCCCGCGAAUGCCCGCCGCAGUUCGUCGGCAUGGUCGACCCGGAUAGCUGGCAGCGCGUGUGGCGUCUUGCCGAUAUCGAGAAUAUUUACGAUCUGGGAUUCUGGGAUAACCUUGAGGACGUUCUGAGAGGUUAA